AUGACGUCAUCAGGAUGUAAAUGCAGUGCCUCGCGGCCUGAACGGUCUUUUUCCUCUUCAGUGUAGUCAGGGCGGUAGGCCUUCGCUCUGUCUCUGAAACAUCCAACACCGAACCAGCAAAAUGAUCAUCUACAGGUGCAUCAUCUCCAAUGAUGAGAUGUUCUCGGACAUCUACAAAAUCAAAGUGUCCGACAAUGGCAUCUUCUUCGAAGUCGAAGGAAAGACCACCACCAGGACAGAGGAUUUUGAUGAGAGACUAAUUGGGGCCAACGCCUCUGCAGAGGAAGUAGCAGAGGGCACUGAAUCAUCCUCUGUUUCUGGCGUAGACAUCGUCCUCAACCACAAUCUGCAUGAGACGGGCUUCGACAAGAAGGGUUUCACCUCUUACAUUAAAGAAUACAUGAAGGCCAUUAAGGCGAGGCUGGAAGAGACUGAUCCGGACAGAGUGAAGCCUUUCAUGGCUGGCGCCCAAGAUGAAGUCAAGAAGGUCUUGGCAAACUUCAAAAACUACCAGUUUUUCACAGGAGAAUCCAUGAACCCAGAUGGCAUGGUGGGACUGCUAGACUACCGCGAGGACGGCAUCACGCCAUUCAUGCUUUUCUUCAAAGAUGGUCUGGUGGAAGAGAAAUGCUAACUACCUGGAACCACAUCUGCUUUUCAAUUGACUGCUGCUUUCCAAAUGGCCCCAUGAGCGAAGGAAUGAAAUGAAGGAUCAUUUUGAAUUAUGACGGAACAGAAACAUUUCUUGUACAACUUUGUCAUAUUCACAUUUAGGCCCAUUGCACUAUGGCCAAGGCUGGGUAAAUCAAACGUGAUUAGUCACUGAAUAUAGUUUUUAACUUUUUCUUUUUGGCUUUUGCGGUGUUUGAUUUUUUUUACCCAGGAUUGGCCCAGUUUUUUGAUGGCUGAAAGUAUUGGCAGGACAGUGGGCGAAGCUUUGACUGAAUACAAAAUGGUUUUUCUUCUGCCUGCGUAUUAUUUUAAUGAUCUAUACAGGUAAACUUCAACAGACCUCUUGUUUAUGGUUGCAUUAAAUCUGACUCCAUCUAAAGUGAAAAUACUUCUGGUUCAAUUUCAAAAUAAAAUCUAGUACCACCA